CACAAAACCAUUGCUGAGACCAAAUUUUCCUUUCAGAUCACUCUUUUAAAAAGCAAGCAAAUACUCUCAGCCAUCAGCCAGGACAAAAAAAAAAGAUUCAUGAUGUUACGUCAACAGCUAGUACUCAUCUUUGGAAUAUCACUGACUAGUGAUAUAAGUGCGUUUAGAACCUGUUAUUCAGAAGCCCAAGUCUCCCUAUAUUAUUUCUGCAACCUCACGGAUAUUCCGCUUGUGCCAAAGGAUACAGUGAAGCUUUUUUUAACUUUCAACUAUAUCAGAGAAGUGACUGCAACUUCCUUUCCACUGCUGGAGCACUUGUGGCUGUUGGAAAUUGGAAUGCAACAUGUCUAUCCUGUUACCAUAGGAAAAGGAGCUUUCAGGAACCUGCCAAACCUUCGUGUCUUAGACUUGGGAUCCAAUAGGAUUCUUCAACUGGAUCUUGAUGCUUUUGUGGGCUUGCCAAGUCUGACUGUACUCCGUCUGUUUCACAACUACCUUGGAGAUUCCAUCCUGGAGGAACGUUACCUUCAAGAUUUGAUCUCGUUAGAAGAAUUGGAUCUAUCGAGGAACCAAAUCACAAAACUUCAGCCUCAUUCCUUAUUUUAUAAUCUAACCAUCUUGAAAAAUGUGAAUCUGAAAUUCAACCAGAUAUCCAACCUGUGUGAAAGCAAUCUUACCAGCUUCCGAGGAAAGCACUUUUUAUUUUUUAGCCUCAGUUCUAAUAAUUUGUACAAGACAGAUGAAAUGGCCUGGGCCAAAUGCCCAAAUCCUUUCACAAAUAUUACAUUUAACUCACUAGACCUUAGUGACAAUGGCUGGAGCACAGAGAAAGUCCAAUAUUUCUGUGCAGCCAUUAAAGGGACUCAAAUCAGUUCUUUAACAUUUAGCUCUCAUACAAUGGGUUCGGGAUUUGGCUUUAAUAACUUAAAAAAUCCAGAUGAUGAUACGUUUGCUGGACUAGCAAGAAGUGAUCUGCAUUUGCUUGAUAUUUCAAAUGGUUUCAUUUUCUCUCUCAAUUCUUUCAUCUUUCAAAGCCUUGGUAAUCUGGAAUUCCUGAACCUUUUCAAAAAUAAGAUAAAUCAAAUCCAAAGGCAUGCAUUUUUUGGCUUGGGAAACCUAAAAAGUCUCAAUCUCUCAGGUAAUCUUUUAGGCGAGUUGUACGAUGAUACAUUUGAGGGUCUACAUAGUGUAAUGUGUAUUGAUUUACAGCAAAAUCAUAUCGGGAUGAUUGGUGGAAAAUCAUUCAGUAACUUAGUAAGUCUGAAAAUAAUUGAUCUCCGAGACAACGCCAUUAAAAAACUCCCUUCCUUUCCACAUCUGACCUCUGUCUUUUUAGGUGACAAUAAGCUAAUGUCUGUAGUUGGCACAAAAAUAGCAGCAACUCACCUUGAAUUAGAAAGAAAUUGGUUGUCAAACCUGGGUGACCUGUAUAUUCUUUUCCAAGUUCCAGAUGUACAGUAUAUCUCCUUAAAACAGAAUCGCUUCUCUUACUGUGUGAAAAGUGAUCACGUUAUAGAAAACAAUCAGUUAAUCUAUAUGGAUCUAGGUGAAAAUAUGUUACAGCUUGUGUGGGAGAGAGAUUUAUGCUUGGAUGUGUUCAGGGCACUGUCCAAACUUCAGGUUCUACAUCUGAAUAACAACUACCUUAGUGUUCUUCCACAGGAGAUUUUUAGAGGUCUAACAUCCCUAAAAAGCCUUAAUCUGGCUUCCAACCUAUUGUCUCAUCUUUCUCCUGGUCUUUUUCCACAAAGCCUAACAAACCUAAACUUAUCUGGAAACCAGCUUCUUUCCCCUGAGCCUGAAGUCUUUAUGACUUUGAGUAUUCUGGAUAUAACACAUAAUAAGUAUGUCUGUGAUUGUACUUUAAAGAGCCUACUCAUGUGGCUAAAUGAAACCAACGUAACCCUAGCUGGCUCCCAGUCUGAGAGGUACUGUGUAUACCCACCUGCAGUUGCAGGGGUACAACUGUCAUCUCUAAUAUAUGAUGGUUGCUAUGAAGAUGAACUCCAGCAGACACUCAGAUUCUCAGUAUUCAUCUUCAUCUCCAUCACUCUUCUAAUGGUUCUGAUGGCAGCCAUCGUUUUUACUCGCUGUCGGGGGAUUUGUUUUGUCUGGUAUAAAACUAUUAUCAAAAAAAUGAUAGACAGCCAUCCACAAGCAGCAGAUAAAAGUGAAUACAGAUAUGAUGCGUAUUUGUGCUACAGCAAAAAGGACUUUGAAUGGGUCCAGAAUUCUUUGUUAAAGCACUUGGAUUCACAGUAUUUUGAUAAGAACAAAUUUACCUUGUGCUUUGAGGAAAGAGAUUUCUUGCCUGGGAAAGAACAUAUCAACAAUAUUCGUGAUGCCAUUUGGAACAGCAGGAAAACAAUUUGCAUUGUGACCAGGCAGUUUCUCAAAGAUGGGUGGUGUGUGGAAGCCUUUAAUUUUGCCCAGAGCAGGUACUUUAGUGAUCUGAAAGAUGUCCUCAUUAUGGUAGUGGUUGGGUCAAUUUCUCAAUAUCAACUGAUGAAACACAAACCAAUUCGAAACUUUUUACAAAGGGGUCACUAUUUGCAGUGGCCUGAAGAUUAUCAAGAUAUUGACUGGUUUUUAAAUAACCUUUCUUGCCAAAUUCUGAAGGAAAAAAAAGUGCGAAGGAAAGCCAGUGGUAUAGAGCUGCAGACUGUAGGAACACUCUCGCAUUGAUGGUGUAUGGGUUGCUGGCUUUCUAAGUAUCCCAUUUCCAGCUGUGCCAUGGUAGGAAUAAACAGAAGUUUGCUUCAUUUUUCCUUGAAAAAGCAGGUAGAUAGAGAACUAUUUCAGUAUAAAUCCUACUAAAGAUGGAAACAGCUUGAAAGCAACCAGCAGAUAUAUGAAAGUGCAAUUAUUUUAUGGACUAUCACACAUUUUCAGAAGAAUUAAAUGAAUCACAGAUGCUUCACUUUUUGAAUGCUCAGCUUCAGACACUUUAGUCCUCGUUUCCAAAAGUACUACUUAUUUACAGGUCUGUUUCAGGUGGAGAAGGAUGCCCAUGGUUGUUUUUUAAAAAGAGCCCAUGGUACCAUACAGAAGUGACCAUGUAUGCUUUCAUGUAUGGCCUAGCCUGCCCAUCGGGUCAUGGAUUACUUACUCCAAUGCUUUCUGAGGUCUGUAACUUGUCAUGCUCUAACACAGAUUUCAUUUGCUUGUUUUCUACUCAAUUAGCCUCAGCUUCUCAACUGGAAUGUACAAACUUUGAACUUCGUUCAUCCCCUUCCCCUCCACAACUUCUCUGCUUGGUGGUAAAACUACAGUCGUCGGUCUACUUCCUUUGCUGCUGUUUCAGCCUGCUGCUUUUUCAGUGGAGCUGCCUCCUGCCCUGCAGAGGGGACCCCCCCUCAGAUAGGAAGCAAGCCUGGGCUUGAAAAGCAAACGAGAAACUACCUCAGCAGCCGUGACAUGGCCAACAGCCCGGUGACUGCCAGACAGCCUUACAUUCUGGGAAUGGAAAGUACAGACAACUGCUGUGUGAUGUGAGUUGUUCUCUGUACAUCCUGUGUCCUGAUGAAUUCUAUGGUGCUUUUCUGCUUCUGUUGGAAUAUUUUUCUAGAGUCAUUAAUGCCUGGUACUCUUGUACCUCUUUAAUCAUUUUGCCGCUGUUUGUUCAGGUAUGUGUCUUCAGUGGAUUGUUCAGGGGCAUUUUAAUAAAAGUCUGACUCAGUGUUCACUGUUUUAGAACCUGCACCUAUUAUUUCAAUGCUGACAUACUCCUUGAGGGUACUGUUCAUCUCAGUUUACACAUUUAUUCAACAAAAGCUUACCAAAAUAAUUUCAGUAUGGCCUUGGUGAGUUUUUCGCUGUAGUGAGGAAGCAGGAAUGGGAGGUUUUAUAAGCUGUCUUGACCUUUGCAAACAAAUACCAUCACCUUAACUAUUUCGAUGGAGAUGAAAAAGCACAAUCCACUUCAUGUGAAUGCAGUUGUUCGAAUGUAGAUGUACGUGUGGCUGAUCUAAUGUACUCUCAGUGCACCAGUAUACAGGAUUUCUAUUGAUAAAAUUACUACAGUAAAGUAUUAUUUCCUUCUCAAUCAGUGUAGUCAUUCAGGAACAGAAAAGAGCUAAACCUUGGGGAUUUUUCCAGGCAGCAUGAGGCAGGGAGGAGCAGAUUAAAAAAAAGGGACUGCUGGACUGUGCAGAUGAAGCCCUGGGUGUCGCUGUUGGCUCAGGUACCAGCUAAGGGCUUCCCAGACUCCUCCUGCAGACAAAAUGCUGCUGCAGAGGCACCAGCAGCCCUGGCUUCCCUCCGCCCCCGUGGGCUGUCAGAAAAGCCACCACCUGCGUUUCAACUCUCUGCAUCUCUCAGAUUUCUCUGAAAAUGUCCAACCUUUCUCCUUUUGUUUCCCCAAGCAGUGUAAAUAUUUAUAGGCAUCCUUUAAAGUCAGAGGUUAUACCAGAGGGUAUUUCACAUUAAAAAUCACUGACGGACAGCCAAAGCAGGAAUGAAUCUGUACAUUGAAGACCACAUGCAGGUCUAGGCUAUUAGCCUGUGGAUCUGUACAUGGUGUAAGAGAUGGGAAUCUUGAAAGCAUACUUAAGAAAUUAUAUUUGAAUGAAUGUCACAACACAUUUUGGGUCAAGUGUUAAUUGAGAGCCCUCUCCAGUUAGGACCUUAUUGUAUACUUCCAAGACACUCCUAUCUCUUCAGAUACAUAAAACUUACUUCUGCUAACCUACGUAUGCAGGAAUGACAAGUAGAUACAGAGAUUACCGAGAUGGCUUUAACCAUCUUGUUUGAAAUGCUGCUGUUUACUUCAUGCUUAUGCCACUGGUAGGGGAG